GCAGCCGCGGCGGGACAGAGGGGGCUCUCCGCGGGGCUGACGACACCUCCAUCCGGACUACAACGAUCAACGGCAGCCCUUACUGUUGUGGUCGUUCUUCUUCUUCUUUUGUUUUUUCUGCACUCAAGACAACGGACAUGACCGCGACCACCAUUUCUCCGUUCUUCGAGUACAGCGACGUCUCCGCCAAGAACAAGAUGUUGAAUUACACCAAUAGCAACACUCUCAGUGGCGCUCACCCACCAUCUGCCCCCUGCCCUAGUGCCAACCCCUCCUCCUGCACCCCCACUGGGACCCUGCUGGACAGGAAGGUGGUGGGGGCCCCCUCUGCAGGAAGCCUGUUCCAGCGCCGGCACUCAGUCACCCUCCCCAGCACCAAAUUCAGCCAGAACCAGUUCAUCAACAGCCUCAAACCGGAACCUGUAAUCCUGGUGGGCGGCGGCAACAACAAGGAGAACCGCUUCCGUGACCGUUCGUACUCUGAGACGGGAGAUCGGCUGAGGCCCGGAAGCCAGGUGUGCACGGCCGGCGGGGGUCAGGUCAACUCCAGCCGCUACAAGACGGAGCUGUGCCGGCCCUUUGAGGAGAACGGCAUGUGUAAAUAUGGAGACAAGUGCCAGUUUGCCCACGGCAUCCACGAGCUGCGCAGCCUCAGCCGCCACCCCAAAUAUAAAACGGAGCUGUGCCGCACCUUCCACACCAUCGGGUUUUGUCCUUACGGGCCUCGCUGCCACUUCAUCCACAAUGCUGAGGAGCGCCGCGGACCCCCUCCUCUCUCCGCUUUCAACAAGCCGGAGCGCCCACGGCUGCAGCACAGCUUCAGCUUUGCCGGAUUUCCUAGCUCUGGCGGCCCCCAUGAGAGCCCCACUUCGAUCACUCCGCCGCCCCUGCUCUCCACUGAAGACCUGGGCGAGUGGCAGAGCAACCCCUUCACCUACAACCCCCAGAAGCUUGCCAGUCUGUUCGGGCCUGGCCUUGGGCCUUAUCCUGUGCUGGAGCUCCGAGGCCCGGCGCCUCCCUCCCCGGUCACCCCCUGCCUCUUCAGGUCCACAUCGAAUAGCCCGCCAAGCCCGCCAGACUCUCUGUCUGAUCAGGAAGGUUACCAGAGCAGCCUGGGCAGCCAGAGCGGCUCGGAGUCACCCCUCCUGGAUGCCUCGCGUCGCCUCCCCAUCUUCAGCAGGCUCUCCAUCUCCGAUGACUGAGGAGCCUGCACCAUGGGUCUGAGAUGGAGUGAUUUGGAGAAAGAGAGGGAGCUCCUUUGCCUCCCUGCUACCCCCAUCCUCCUCCUCCUCCCCCUUCUUCUGCCCCUCGCCUUGUUUACAAGAGAAGUGGACUGUUGUGCGUCGUCAUAGCCAAUGCGGCAAGAGGGAGAAAAGAUUCCCUCUUUUUUGUUGAGGAUUCUUGGCCUUAUACUUUUACCGUCACAGGGACCCCUGUCACCCUGCCCGCCCCCUUCAUCCACAUCCGCUUGAUUGAAACAACAGAUAGUCUUUUGUUCCUUGUACUCAGCCUCUCUCAAUCACAAUGAGCAGUUAACAAACAAGAAUCUUGUUCCAAUCCUGUACCGUUCUUCAGUGCCACAGGUGAAUGAAUGACGUGAAUGAUUGUGAUAAUAGUUGAGAUAUCAGUUUUGUUUUUUUUUCUAUUCAGUUAGUAUUAUCUAUUGUGGGGCAUAGGACUGGCAGUUUUAAGUGAGGGUGGAUUUCUGUGUAGGGUGUCAGGUGGUGUGUUGCAGAUCUUCAGGCAGCCAGUUGUCCUGCUCCAGCCUUACUUUAUCCCACAGGCCAUGUGACAAAUCAGUGCUCAGCUCUGAAAAGGAAUGGCCGUCACAGAAUUUGAACAAGAGGAAAUCGGUGGACAAUGAGAUGAGUUGAUAAAAGUGCCUCCAUGUUUUGUUUUUCUUUGUUCCCAAGUGAAGCCAGGAGUGGACCACAUCUUUUCUUUUUCACUUUUAAUUGUACUGAAUUUCCUGUUCCUUUUCACUUGUGGAAUGGUGAUUUUAUUUAUUUUCUUGAUAAGCGGUGUAAACACCAACAGGUUUGCUUCGAUUUUUUUUUUUAACUUUUUGUUAGAUAGCGACUGAAGAGGCAGGCAGGAAAUGUGGGAGAGAGAGAGGGGUAUGACAUGCAACAAAGGUUGCCGGCUGGAAUCGAACCGGCGACAGUUGCGACCACGUGGCAUGCGCUGUAGGUUUGCUAAUUAAUCGGGUUUGGAGUUAAAGAUGGAUUCCUGUCAUCUGUGCCUUGUGCCAUCACACAUCCAAGGAGCAAGAGUCUAAGAUUCUCAUUUGUUCGGAGGAAGAAAGUUGAGUGGGUUCGUCUGUCGUUGAGUUUCUUACCAGGAUUAUUGAGCAUGCAUAAAGACAUUCUCAUUUGUUUUUCGUUUCAUCAUGUUGGAAGCGAAAUUUUCAUUAUUUCUUCCACAGUGUAAGGUGAAUUGUUUAAUUUUUUAUUUUAUUUCUUUACCAGCCAAAAUGGCGUCUUUUCAGUUCAGUGGAUUCUCUGUGGGCUUCAGAAGCCUCUGCCAAGCGACUGGUGGAAUCAACAAACUCACGAGCCACCAGCCCAACUUAACCAGCAGUCGGCUGGUACCUGCUUGUCCGUUUGCCUCCUUCAUCGUUGGGCUAACUAUUUAAGCUGUAUCAUGUUUUAGUUGUUAAGCAGCAGUAGUUAUAGUCGUACUUAAGGUCCCUUCCGUUCAACACCCCCCCCCCCCCAAGAGUUCAUUACUUUGGCUGAGAUGUUCCUCUCGGUCCAUUAUCCCAAAUCAGUUGAGCAUCAAAGCUCCUUUGUUGAUUCCACCUUCUUCAAUAUUAUGUUAUUAUUGUUAUAUUAUUAUUAUUGUUUAGUUUAUUUCUAAAAAAAAAAAACCCCUUCAGUGUAAGGGUUUUGCUUGUCACUGCUUAUUUAACUUAUCAAAAUGUAUUUAUUGCUGAUCUUAAGCAUUUUUAUUUUGUAUUUAUCUGGAUAAUGAAACAAUAGAAUAUAUUUUCUUUUAUGUUAAAUUAUGAUCUUCCGUAUUAAUCGCAAGAUUGUGAAGACCUGUUUGUUUUUUUUCCACAGUUAAUAUAUUAUACUGCAAUGACCUUGGUUUUGUAACUACACUUGAUUUAUUUUGAAAGUGAAUUUUAAUUUAAAGCAAAAUGCAAAAGGGUUUUGUCUUUUUUUUUUUUAAUUAUAUUUAUUUUCCACUUCAUUAAUGUCAGACUGCAGUUUUUAAGUUUUCAUCCUGUUCGCUCGAGGCAGAACGGCACUGGAGGCCGGCGCUGUGUUAGAUAUCAAACGCACCCAGUCAGCCGGCCGAUGUGCACGAGAAGCAACAAAAGGGCACGACGUCAAACCACCUGGACGCAUUUGCACCAAUCUUAGUUCAGUGUUUUUUACUUAAAAAAGCGUGGAGUGGAUCAAAAUGUGAUUUAUUAUUAUUAAUUUUUUUUUUUUUUUUUAGAUAAAACCAACGUGACCUGGUUUGAGGCAAAACACCUGACAAAGCUAAUACUGCAGAACCAAGGGGGUCAUUAGGUCAAUAGCAUACAAGUGUUCAAUUGUACUUAUGAUCCGGCCCGCCAACUAGUCGGUCUCCAGAUGUGAUGACCAGACGAGAGAACGGGCCGCGGUUCAUCUUCUGUGUAACUUGUGUUCCUGAUCUCACCAGUGGUUGCAUGUAGAUGCCAGCGCUGCCGGAUCUCCUGCCCACGGUGUUGCCAUGAAGACAACUCAGGGGUCAGGUUAGCACCGGCGGCGUGUUGGAGGUUUGAAUCCCUGCUCCUUGCCGUGGGCCUCGGGGCUUCUCCCGUCCUCUGGACAGGAGACGCCUGGCCCCGAGUAAAAGUCACUU